GCUUUUUUCCUAUGUUGUUGUUGCUGCGAUAAUAAAAAUAAAAUAAUUGUACGCCAAUGCUCGACUGGAUAUCGUAUGUUUUCAAUAUUAUGAAAGCCAUAUUAUUUAUCCAUUUAUCACAAAAGAAAAAGGUUCUUGAUGAAAGCCCGUGCUAGCAAUUACCGCUUUUCGGAUAUCCAUCGCGCCCGACGGCAGUUGAAUAUUAAUUGCCCGUGAAUAAUCGCCACUGUCGGUGUACAGUCGACGAUUCCACCGAAAAUUUAAAAAGGUAUCUUUUUCUUAUAGCCGUUGUCUUUGGUGUCUGCCGUCGUUGGCCGUUGUACACCUACCGUCGUAUAUGGUGCGCUCGAGAUGGCGAAAAAGCGGCAAGACCACGAAAAGAAGAGUCCGUGGGCGUGGGCCGAAAGUACACAUCCUAACGACAUAGACUACGAACACCUGUGCAAAGCGUAUCGUCUCAAUUAUCCAAAAUGCAAGCCGCUCUCUUGUCGGCGCAAUUGUAGAAACAAUCCGUAUUGUUUAUCGGGACUCGGCGAACAACGCUGGCUACAAGACAAAGUGCGAACGCCCGUUCCUGAUUAUGAAGACCCCGAACUGGAGCGUCGUCAGAAUAAUAAAUUUGUAGGUUUAAAAAACUUAGGUGCUACUUGUUAUAUUAACAGUUUACUGCAACUAUGGUUUCAUAAUAUUAACUUUAGGAAAGCUAUUUUCAAUUGGAAUCCAGAAGAAGACUCUGGGGAGAAACAAAACCAAACUUUGUAUGUUGAAGAUGCCUACACACCGGAGACUAGCGUCGGCCACUUGCAAUUAGUGUUUGCGCUCAUGCAAUGCGGUAUACAACGAUCGGUGGACCCAGGCGAUUUUAUUACCACUCUCAGAAUUAAUACGGGCAUCCAACAAGACGCCCACGAAUUUUCAAAUUUAUUCUUGUCCAUGUUAGAAAGCAAAUUCAGCACUCAGUCGGACACCUCGGUCAGGGAUAUGGUCAAAGACAAUUUCCUCGGCGAAUACAAAUACAUUACCACGUGUGUGAAUUGUAAAUUAGAAUCUACGCAGCUGUCGACGUUUUACGAACUGGAUCUGAACAUCAAAGGCCAUAAGUCGCUAAACGAUAGUCUACAAGAAUUUCUCAAAGAAGAACACCUUACCGGGGACAAUCAGUACUACUGUAACUAUUGUAAUAGCAAACAAGAUGCCGUCAGGAGAAUAUGUUUAACGAAUUUACCUCCUGUACUGAAUCUUCAAUUCAUGCGUUUCGUAUACGACAGGCAAACGAUGCAGAAGAAAAAACUAAACACUUACAUACAGUUUUCGCAGACGUUAGACAUGGCCAAGUAUUUGAAUUUGCCGUCUCAACUCGAUGAAGCGUCUAAAGAAAAACACAUGUACAAUUUGUGUGCAGUGCUCAUUCAUAAAGGCUCAAGCGCAUAUUCCGGCCACUAUAUAGCUCAUAUAAACGAUAUUGCCGCCGAAGAGUGGUACAAGAUCAACGACGAAAAUGUAGAGAAACUCAAAGGCAAAGGUUUGAAUUUGUGCACAGAAGACGAAUUCAAAGUAAACGGUUCUAAAAUAGCCAAAGCUCCCAAGAUCCAAAAGGGUAUGCUACAAACGAAUAACGCUUACAUGUUGGUUUACAUGCACAUCAGCAUGGUGAAAAAAUUGAAAACCGAGUCUUACGACUGGAAGCUAUCGCCUCGGUUGGCGCACCUGGUCAACGCCCGUAACGAUAACUUUGAAAACACCAUAUUGAACAUAAAAAGCAAUCGUGAGUACGUCGAGGAUAAAGACAAGGAAUUCGUCGAACAAAUGUUGAACCUAAUCACCGAAAUGAACGUGGUGUCUGUAAAAGAAGACGAAAUGGAAGCGAUUUCGUUGCAGUGGUUGAACUAUUGGUUCAAAAUUACUCCCAAUCAAAGCGUCAACGAAAUCAGCAAUCUAGCCGUGUUGUGCAAACAUGAUCUGCUCGACCCCGACAAAGUCUCUGAAGUUAAAUUUAUUAGAACCGAAUUGGCCGAAAAACUGUACGGAAUAUUCCAAGGCGGUCCGAGACUGAAACUGAAGACUUCUUUGUGUUUGAAAUGUGUACGGAAUAAGUGUGCCUUACUGUACACGAAAACUGUGACUUCUGAACAAAACAAGACCAUAAACACACUCUUACAAAACUGGAAUCCUAUUAAUAUCUCAGAAAAUAAGCCGUGUUAUUGGGUCGGAAAGGAUUCGUUAAAAAAUUGGCGUCGCAUGUAUUUACAGUUGUUUGAGUAUUUCGUCCAAAACCGCGAUGUUUCGCCGGGCAUAACUCUUCCGCUCAACCCCGAAGUAUUGUCGGCGGUGUUUGACUCGAAUAACAGUUUCGACGACAAAAACAAUAGCAGUGUUCGAUCUCAAUCCAAUUGUCAGCCGGCUCAAAUGGGUGGAAUUACGCUCGGGUCCGUCGAUCAGAGUCUCAAGCUGGCCCGAAUGUUGAUCAACAAUUCGGAGACAGUUUUCAAAACGCUGCAACUUACAAAGUUCCAGCCGUUUCACAUAUCCCUGCUCGAAUUGGAAUCGGUAUUGGUGGAAAUGAUGAACAUACUGACUUCGGUGAUUGCGAGGAAAGUUAACGGAGAAAUAUCCAUCGACAACAAGCACGAUCUCGACGUAAUCAAAACCGAGGUGAAUUCCAAAUGCGAGAGCAAAAUUUCCAUCGAGAGCGACUCGAAAACGGACGACGAACACAAAGAAGACGACGACAGAAUGGACGCCGAAGACGUAAGCCCAGAAGAAAAAGACAAACACGAAGAUUCCGAUUAUUUGGAUGUGAAACACGACAAAGAAUGUAUGUCUUGGGUGUUCAACGACGACAUCACGUGUGUUCACGGUGACUUGACCAUCGAACAGAACGUCAAGCGUUUGAUUCCGGAAACCGUGUGGAACAUCCUUCAUUCGUACUUCCCCAGAGCACCGAUAUUUAAUAAAGAAAUCGAACCUUGUCAUUAUUGUCGAAACAUGCACAAUCAAGGCGAGAUUACGAAAAAUAUUCACAAGCAAUCAGCCAUGACUGAAAAAGAACUGUUGAGUGAUUUGCUGUUAAACAAGAAGCGACCGAUUCCUUCGCGAGAAAAUUCACCUUAUCCCUGCGUCACCAAAGACUUUUUGGAAUCUUGGCGAAGGUUUAUCAGAAACCCAUCAAAAGAACCGAGGCCGGAUUCAAUUGUAAACGAAUCGCUGCUGUGUAGUGAACAUAAUGGACUACUUUUUGAACCUGGUUCGGCAGUGUUUCCCUCUGAUCAAAAUCCAUUAGCGCUGUUGACCAAAGACGAAUGGGAAAUCAUUUCACGCUGUUAUCAGACCGAUUAUGGAGUGUUUUUAUAUUUUGGCGAGUACGGAGAGUUUAAAACGUCGAAACCAGAAAUAUGUGAACCCUGUCGUAAGAAAAAACUGGACGAGGAAAAACGGGAACAAUUGAAAUACAACAAAGCGAAAGUUUUCAUUAAAGUCGUCGAAAAAGAAGAACGCGAAGACGGUUGCAAGUAUAACGGCAUCGACGACAAGGAUGAAUUGUGGGGCAAUUGCUCGAAGAAAAUGAAACUAGAACCGUCGGUAAACGGUAACAGCGUACCCGUAGCCGUGCCCACUGACGUCAGCAACAGCGCCUCCCUCGAAUACGGCAUAAGGAGGAGUGCGAGAAAUAGAAGACCUAGGGGCGAACUGAUAGUAGUAUCUUCGAACGAAACGUUACUUGAUCUCAAAAUGAAGAUCAUGAGUGCGUUCAACGUCAUGCCCAAUGAUCAGCAUCUGAAAACUGCAGAAGGCGUGCAGUUGAGCAAUAACGAAGCCACGUUAGCCGACCUUGCUAUUCUUCCCGAUUCGCUAAUUUUAGCAAAAUUUGACGAACCCACGGAAGAUUUACCGGAGUUUGUCGUCGAGGAAGAAGCCGGUUUUAAAGGUACCGAACUCAUGAGUUGAAGAAGAAGACACCACCCUAUCCGAAUUAUGUGGCAAUAAUUUAUACACGGUUACAUAAUAAUAAUGUAUAAUAGUAAAAAAAAAAAAAAAAGGAAAA